AUGGAGUUGAAACGCCUUUGCAAGCUUCUGAUAACCGUCUGUUUAACGGCCUCGGUGACGAUGGUCAGAGUUGCGGAAGGAGGUGUUUUCUCAUACUUCCAAGGGGCCUGCGACAAUGUAUGCCAGAGCUGCAAGUUCGAUUGCGAGAAGCAAUACAGGGCAGGGACGUUCAAUCGGUGGUUUUGCAAGGGUAAAUGUAACGCUAUGAUGAAGAAGUAG